AUGGCGUCCAGGCUUGAUCGACUAGUCACCCUCCUUGAAACAGGAAGUACUCCCAUUAUCAGAAACACUGCCGCUCAACAGCUCGCAGAUGUUCAGAAACAACAUCCAGAUGAGUUGUUCAACCUUUUAGGUCGCAUUCUACCGUAUCUGCGGUCCCGGUCAUGGGAUACCAGGACUGCAGCUGCCAAGGCAAUAGGCGGCGUUGUUGGGUACGCUGAGCAGUUCGACCCCAACGCUGAUGACCCCUCACCGUCCACAGAGGAUGGUGAUGUUUCUCCAACUAUCAAGAAAGAGGAGAACCGCGAAGUAGCAGAGAAUGCUGCUUCCGAAGACCUUCUCGACUUAGAGUCUUUUGAUCUUAGCUCAAUUCUGAAGUAUGGACACAAGCUCCUGGGCAGCGCCGGAAAAGAAUAUGAAUAUUCUCUGGCCGAAUUGGAUGCGACCUCGAGGCUUCAGCAUCAGAAAAAGACAUUAGCCUCCCGUCUGGGUCUUGGGGGGGAGUAUAUCGAGGAUGACUUGGUGAACGAGGCUGAUUUCGUUACCAACUCACAGAGCAAGAGUUCUGGUCCUAAACUUCAGAUCCCUCUGCCAUCUCUUUCUCGCAAAAAUAGUUCAACUAGUAAUUCUCCUCACCCAGUGGCUUCCCCUCAUGACCCUUCGCCAGCUACUCCUUCCAAUGGUGACGAUCAAGGUCUCAGCAAACGCCAACUGAACCAGUUGAAGCGAAAGAAUAAGCAAAAUGCUAAAAUGGGAACUAACAAGAUUCGAGUGGUUGAUCUGGCCGUCCGGAAGAAUUCUGAUAUGCUUCCAAGACCCACUGCUUCCACUCCACAAGCAAUUAAAAACGAGGAAAGUGGCAAUGAAAGCAAUAGUGAUAAAAAACUCGACUAUUUUUCGCUGGAGAGAACUGAGCCAGACGAUGACAGUAAAAUCGUAUCAGAAUUCAAAGGACCUGUGAUCCCUGAAAAGCCGGUCAUUCAGACUGAUGCUGAAGAAGCUGGUUUGGAGUGGCCUUAUGAACGCAUGUGUGAAUUUCUGAUGGUUGAUCUCUUUGAUCCUAGCUGGGAGAUCCGCCAUGGCGCUGCUAUGGGUCUUCGGGAAGUCAUUCGCGUUCAGGGAGCCGGAGCUGGGAGGGUACGUGGUAAAUCGAGACGCCAGAACGAUAUGCUUAAUCAUCGGUGGUUGAACGACCUGGCUUGUCGGCUACUUUGUGUCUUUUUACUAGAUCGUUUUGGCGACUACAUUUCGGAUAAUGUAGUUGCUCCUAUUCGUGAAACUGUCGGCCAGACCUUGGCUGCUUUUUUAUUACAUUUACCCCCGAAGUCUCUAGCUUCUGUGUAUCGCAUCUUGUAUAGAAUGAUCAUGCAAAAUGAUAUUGGCCUCGCCAGUCCUAUUUGGGAAGUAUGCCAUGGUGGUAUGAUCGGACUUAAGUACUUGGUUGCUGUCCGGAAUGAUGUUCUUUUAAAAGAACCGGAAAUUCUCGAUGGGGUCAUCGCCGCGGUAAUGAAGGGACUGGGAGAUUACGAUGACGAUGUCCGUGCGGUUAGUGCGGCUACACUAGUACCGAUCGCAGAGGAUUUUGUGAACCUUCGACCUGGCUCGCUAAACUCACUGAUCAACAUCGUGUGGGAGUGUCUGUCUAAUCUCCAAGAUGAUCUCAGUGCCAGUACGGGAUCUGUAAUGGAUCUGCUUGCGAAACUCUGCACAUUCCCGCAAGUCCUUGAAGCGAUGAAAACCAACGCAGCGCACGAUUCCGAAUCUUCAUUUGGAAACCUUGUCCCGAGACUCUUCCCAUUCCUACGACAUACUAUCACAAGCGUACGAUCUGCUGUACUUCGAGCUUUACUUACGUUUUUGAAACUUGAAAGCGAGGGGCAAAACGCAUGGGCUGACGGAAAAGCAAUGAGGCUAAUUUUCCAAAACCUCCUGGUUGAGCGUAAUGAGGGCGUGCUAAAGUUGUCUCUUCAAGUGUGGUUUGAGUUGCUCCAUGCACUAGAGAGUCGUGGCCUAUUCAAGACUGAUAACGGUCUUCUACCUUCGUUGCAACCCCUCAUCUCGUUAACUAUGAGCCCAUUUGGUGUCCCACGAUACCCAAUUCCUAUGGAUGUUUCUAUAUUUAUCCGCCCGUCUGGUUUACCUUUCACCUCCGCUGGCAUUACUCCAAGGAAGCCCUCGCCAACCACUCCCGUGGAACUACCUGCGAAGGGCCGAAAACGGAAAUCUGAUAAAAGGGACGCCACCGCUGUUUUCACUCACAAUGUGGAUGGACAUAUGUUACAAGGAGACAUUGAUCUAGUCGGCGUGGAAACAGUUAUUCGAUCGAAAAUUUACGCAGCAACGGCUUUGGGUCGCUUCUUGUCUACUUGGGACAACAAUAACCGCUCAAACCUGUGGGACACUAUCUUGCCUUGUUUAAAUUGGCCUGGUUCAACUUCGCAAUUGGUGGCUGCUAUGGUGGUUGUGGAGUACGCCAAAAUCCAGGGUCCCGGAACAAGAUAUGCUUCGACAUUGUCACAAUGGCUAAACCCUAUUAUCGAAAAUGAUAGGCCUUCGUGGUAUAGUGACAUAGCGAGCUAUCUGCAUAUUGCGCGCGCACAAUGCCAUUCGCUUCUCAACGCCUUUAGAGAGCAUGCACAUGUUACACAAAUUUCAAUUCCCAUGCUUGCAGUCGUUGUUCAGGGCGACCAGGAUGCUGGUCCAAGUGCCUUUUCAAUCGCGGAUGCUGAGAAGGUCCUUGGCCCGGAUUUUGAAAAACUCAAAAAGAGCCUUUCUCCAGCACAGCGGAUGACUGCGCUACAGGUUCUAAAUGAUUCCCGAGCUAGCGCAUUGACGGCUGUUGAAGAUGCUAAGGAAGUUAAAGACCAACGUGAUAUGCGCAUUCGAGCUGCGGCUGCCAGUGCACUGGUUGCUCUUCAUGACAUACCCAAGAAGCCAAGUCAGAUCAUUAAGGCAAUGAUGGACAGUGUUAGGAAGGAGGAAAAUGUGGAAUUGCAGCAAAGAUCCGCUUCAGCUGUUGCGUCUCUCGUUCAGUAUUACACCGGGGCCUCCAAACGUGGUCCUGUAGACAAGGUGAUUGGGAAUCUUGUCAAGUUUUGCUGUGUUGAUACUUCGGAGACGCCCGAGUUCCAUCACAACGCUAGCCUGGAAACGGCAAUUCUGUCCCUUCGCAAGGAAGAGGAUAAGAAGGACCCUGUUGACGCUGCCAGGUUUGAGAAGGAAACCCGUGAAGCUAGGAUCAUGCGACGAGGUGCCAAGGAAGCUUUGGAACAAUUAGCGAGCAGGUUCGGCGCAGAGUUACUGGAUAAGGUUCCCAACCUUGCCAGCCUUAUUGAGAAUCCAUUACGGCGGGCUCUCACAGGUGAUCUUCCUCCUGAUAUUAAGGAUCCCGACAACGAAACUGGCCAAGAAGUUGUUGAUGGAUUGUCAACUCUACGGGCGCUGGUUCCUAAAUUCCAUCCUGGCAUUUACCCCUGGAUUAUCAACCUUAUGCCUAUCAUCGCUAAAUCCCUGCAAUGCGAACUGUCCGUUAUACGUUAUGCUGCUGCUAAAUGUUUUGCGACAGUAUGCAGUGUCAUCAACGUCGAGGGAAUGACAAUGCUUGUGGAUGAGGUGUUGCCCAACAUUAACAAUGCAUUGGAUGUCCAUUGUCGGCAGGGAGUUAUAGAGUGUAUCUACCAUUUGAUACACGUCAUGGAAGACAAUAUCCUGCCUUACGUUAUUUUCCUUAUCGUUCCUGUCCUUGGACGAAUGAGCGAUUCCGACAAUGAUGUAAGACUUCUUGCUACCACUGCUUUUGCAACAUUGGUCAAACUUGUUCCUUUGGAGGCUGGCAUUCCAGAUCCUCCAGGAUUAUCUGAAAAGCUAUUGAAAGGCAGGGAUCGGGAACGGAAAUUCAUGGCCCAAAUGCUGGACGUGCACAAGAUCGAAUCCUUCGAGAUUCCUGUUGCGAUAAAGGCAGAGCUCCGUUCAUAUCAGCAAGAAGGUGUCAAUUGGUUAGCUUUCCUUAAUCGAUACCAUCUCCACGGUAUCCUCUGUGAUGACAUGGGUCUCGGAAAGACACUUCAGACUCUUUGUAUAGUGGCUAGUGAUCACCACAUGAGAGCGGAAGAAUUUGCGCGCACGGGUGCUCCUGAAGCGAAAAGGUUACCGUCAUUGAUCAUUUGUCCACCUACUUUAUCCGGACAUUGGCAGCAGGAAAUAAAACAGUAUGCUCCUUUUUUGUCUUGCCUAGCAUAUGUAGGCCCGCCUGCCGAACGGGCAAGACUCCGAGGUUCCCUCGACUCGGUGGACAUCGUCAUUACAUCUUAUGAUAUUUGCAGAAAUGACAACGACACUUUCAGGCCUCUAAAUUGGAACUACUGUGUUUUGGACGAGGGGCAUCUGAUUAAGAAUCCCAAGGCGAAGAUUACGCGUGCUGUUAAAUGUCUAAAGAGUAACCAUCGUUUGAUAUUAUCGGGUACUCCAAUUCAGAACAACGUUUUGGAGCUUUGGUCGCUCUUCGACUUUUUAAUGCCUGGUUUCCUUGGGACUGAAAAAGUUUUUCUCGACCGUUUUGCGAAACCCAUUGCUGCCAGUCGGUUUAGCAAGUCUUCUUCCAAAGAGCAGGAAGCUGGAGCCCUGGCUAUCGAAGCGCUACAUAAACAAGUACUGCCAUUCCUCCUGCGACGAUUGAAAGAGGAAGUGUUGAACGAUCUACCACCAAAGAUUCUCCAGAAUUAUUACUGUGACCUUAGCGACCUCCAGCGAAAGUUGUUCGAAGAUUUCACUAAGAAGGAACAGAAAGAUAUCGCCAAGAUAGUCGGAAGCACUGAUAAGGAGGCGAAACAGCACAUCUUCCAGGCCCUACAAUAUAUGCGUCGUCUUUGCAAUUCUCCUGCCCUCGUUGUUAAAGAAAACCACAAGAGGUACAACGAAAUCCAAAAGUUGCUCGAGGCCAAAAAUUCCCAUAUUCGUGAUGUGGCGCACGCACCGAAAUUGUCUGCCCUCCGCGAUUUACUCGUUGACUGUGGCAUUGGGGUCGAUCCAUCCACCGAGGGAGAACUGGACACGGGAGCCAACUAUGUUAGUCCGCAUCGUGCCCUUGUUUUCUGCCAGAUGAAGGAGAUGCUAGAUAUCGUGCAGAACGACGUGUUUAAGAAGCUGCUUCCUUCAGUGCAAUACCUUCGUCUAGACGGUAGCGUGGAGGCAGCCAAGCGACAAAACAUCGUGAACCAGUUCAACACUGAUCCCAGUUACGAUGUGCUUCUCCUCACGACUAGCGUUGGUGGUCUCGGUCUCAAUCUUACAGGCGCUGAUACCGUCAUUUUCGUCGAACACGACUGGAAUCCGCAGAAGGAUAUCCAGGCCAUGGACCGUGCGCAUCGCAUUGGACAGAAGAAGGUCGUCAAUGUCUACCGGUUGAUUACGAGAGGGACUUUGGAAGAGAAGAUAUUGAAUCUUCAACGUUUCAAGAUCGACGUCGCCUCAACUGUCGUAAAUCAACAAAACGCCGGCCUCAGUACCAUGGACACAGACCAACUGCUCGAUCUCUUCAACCUUGGCGAAACGGCUGAGGGAGCUGAAAUGCACGGCCAGGAUGGCGGUGUGGGUGGUAAUGAGAUUGAUAUGGUCGAUAUAGAUGGCGAGGUCAAGGAGAAAGGGAAGAAGGGCUGGCUUGAUGACCUUGGUGAGCUGUGGGAUGACAGACAGUACCAAGAGGAAUACAAUCUUGAUUCUUUCUUGGCGACUAUGAAGGUUUAG